ACCACGCCCCCUCGCUGACGUCACCGUGUCGGGCGGAGCACUUCCUGGUUGCUGGGCGCUGCAUGGCAUGUUGUGGUUCUUGAUUUGUGACUAUUGAUCGAUCUGUCUCAAGGAAUGGUACAUUUCCUCCUGCGGCGGGACUGGAUCGGACGGAUACGUCUAGCGCUCACUCUCUGCGGACUCCCGUACACCGUGUGCUCACCCGGACUCAGGCCGGCCAUCUCCUGCUCAUCAUCUCACUUCAUUAGGACCAGCCAAACCAUCAGACCCUUCGGUACCAGUUGCUGUAACCUCCGGACAAUGCCACCCUCAGCAGCGCCUCAUGUCAAGUCCAGGUGCCCCCAGUAUCCAGGGUCCAAAAUCAAGCGCUUCGUCGUGCCCGAUGACAAGGUGGGCUGGAGUCAGAACUGGCCACAGUAUAGUCCAGUCAGCUACACCGACCCUGCAGUAACAAAGAAGCCAGUCUGGGCGGAUCCUGAUAUUGGCUCCUUCUCUCUAAAUUUCAACACUGUGGAUGGUGGUGUGGACAGGACAAGCUUUGAUGGCAGCUACAAAAUGGAAAAGGGAAAGCCUCUAAAUCCUCACGGACGCACAGGAGUGAUUGGUAGAGGUUUGCUGGGACGAUGGGGACCCAAUCACGCAGCAGAUCCCAUUGUCACCAGAUGGAAAGUAGAUGCCAAAGGAGCAAAGAUCUCUCACUCCGUCUCCAAGCGGCCUAUCCUGCAGUUUGUGUCCAUCAAGAGGAAAGACUGUGGGGAGUGGGCUGUUCCUGGGGGGAUGGUAGAUGCAGGCGAGCAGGUCUCUCUCACGCUGCAGCGGGAGUUCUCGGAGGAAGCGUUGAACACGUUGGCGAUCCCGCCAACAGAGAGAGCAAAAAUCAGUGAACGCAUCACUAAGCUCUUCAAAUCACCAGGGUUUCAGGUCUAUAAAGGCUAUGUGGAUGAUCCUAGAAACACUGACAAUGCUUGGAUGGAAACAGUCGCUGUCAACUUCCAUGAUGACUCAGGCAACAGUGUGAGCGGGCUGCCGCUGCAAGCUGGCGAUGACGCAGGACAAGUCCAGUGGGUAGAUGUUGACUCGUCCGUCCCGCUCUAUGCGAAUCAUUCCCAUUUCCUGGAGCUGGUUGCCAAAGAGAGGAAAGCUCACUGGUAACCAAGGACGACGGACUCUGACAUGACGAUGAAGGAAACAUGAAAAGCCUUGUUGUUUAGGAUGCAUGACACCUAACCUUACAUACAAGCAUAAUAAUCACAGUUGUAAUAGUCAAAGCCUAAUAUGCAUCUCACCAGUUUGACACUUAUGUGAAGCCCACUAUAUGAUGUGUAACUGUGGUUUUGGAUUAAUAUAGCAGAAUGUAUGUAAUGAAUGAAACCAGCAGGUUAAAGCUCGCCGUUUGGAAGAAGAUAAACACGAGACUGUAAAACGCAAGACGCUGCUGAGUGGCACAGUGUAUUAUUUCUGUUGGCACUAAUUAUGCAAAUUUAUUCAAUGUUAACAAGGAUCACAUUAACUCAGCGUGAUCAUGUAAGAACAAACACAAUGAGCUUCUGAACAUAACACAUACUACAUUAAUUUAAGUGUGAUAAUCAAGAUGAAAAAGUGUAACUUUGAUCUUUUAGAUAUGAAUAGGAGAUGAAGAUGUUCUGCAGCCCAGCUCAGCAGUGCACUGAAGCUGAGCACAGACAGGCUGAAGCUAGAGGACAAACAUGUUUUCAAGUGGUAACAGACGGUGGAAGCAAAGGCCAUCUCGCACUCAACAGCCUGCCUUUUUACAAAAACUCACAUCAGUAUGUGUCAUCUCACUGUUGGGGGUGUGCUUCGCCAUGGGGCAGGGAUUGAGAAUUACGCAUUAAAUGGCCCGUAUCUCUGUUAGGAUUCAUACAAACACUUAACACGUGGACGCAUCUGUCACCAAAAGGCAGACAACAACAAGUCUUUGCAAUAAAACAUUGUUUGUCUUCUGGCUGAACUGACAGAUUUCA